AUGUUCCUCGGUAAAGAAAAUAAUCUUGAGAUAAUUCGAUUUUUUACAAUAUGGACAAAAUGUACCUAUUAUGGACAGUAUGGAGUUGCAAGGAAAAUUGACCCUGUCCAGGUUAAAAAAGUUUUAAACAAAACUGAAAAAUUGUACGUAUUUUUCACUUCCCAUCCUGAGGAGAAAAAAUCGUUACGACUAAUUGACUCUAGAUUAGGCACUCGCCAGCACAAGCUAGCCGUUUGUCCAGCACCAAUCUUGCAUUACGCUGAAUGGACUGUUUUGCCGCAGUUUUUCGAGAUGUGGAUCGAGCACGGAGCAACAAAAUUUUACCUUUAUCAUCACAGUAUUUCCCCAGAAGUCGAUGCUCUGUUUCAUAUAUAUGAGAAUGACCCACGUAUUGAGAUUGAGCGUGUUCCAUGGGGAAUAAUUCCAGUACCUGAAAAUACUUCAGAGGCAGAAGACGUGAAUAAACAAAUUUUUCGCGGUGAGCACGUUCUUGCAUGGAAUGAUUGCAUUAUGCGCUCAAGAGGUAAAACCAAGUAUUUGGCGCUAUCAGAUUUUGACGAGGUUUUUGUUGUGUUUCAAAACCAGUCGUUUUUGUCGGUGCUCGAAAACGCUUUGAAGGCAGAACCAGCAACUGGGGCUUUCAUGUUCCGCAGCACUCCAGCAUCAUACAAGCACACGUACUCAAAUGUAACGCAUCCAACACAAAUUACCUUUGAGAAUUACGGUUUAAUUAACGCAGAGAGAAGAACUCUUCCUGCGGGAACAAUGAGUAAGAUUGUAGUAAUACCAGAGAGGAUUCUCUCUACGAAUGUGCACUUUCCCUGGGCAAUGGAAGCAUCUUUCACAAAGAAGGUCAUCUCACCAAAAACCAGUAAAAUUUUACAUUUGAGGUGCUUAUCGAGCUAAUG